AUGGCGGCUCCGCCGUGGCGGGCCGCGGCCGUGCUGCUGCUGGCGCUGCUCUGCGCGGGCCGCGCCGCCGCCCGCGUCCAUCACCUCACGCUCAAAGAUGAUGUGAGGCAAAAAGUGCACCUGAAUACCUUUGGCUUCUUCAAGGAUGGUUUCAUGAAAGUCAGUGUCAGUAAUCUUUCACUGAAGCCACCUGUGGAUGCUGAUGACAAGAGCAGCUCAUCAGUGGGGUUCAGCUUGGAUCGAACAAGGAAUGAUGGGUUCUCCACUUACCUGGAUGAAGAGGUGGAUUACUGUAUUUUGAAAAAGAAACCAGAGCAAGAUGUUUCGAUUGUAAUCUUACUUUUGGACUUCAAAAAUGAAGUUGUGAAAGUGCGGUUCUCUGCAGAAGCUGUCGGCCUCUUACCUAAAAUUUCAUUCAUGUCCGAGGAAAAUGUUACUACUGUGACUACAAAGUCUCCAAAAACUUCUGAACAGACCAGUGAUUCUAGCAAAACUAUUGAGACCAAUCAAAAUACAGCUGACCAAGAUGACAAGUUCGCACGAAGUACAACAUACCCUCAGAGCGUAAUAGAACAAGCACAUCCCGUUCACAAUGACAGAGGAACUUUUUCAUUUCAGUUUUAUUUCAACAUCAGUUCUAAUAACCAAGAAGGUCUCUACAGCCUGUAUUUCCAUAAGUGUGUUGGCAAUGAUGCACAGACUAAUGAUAAGCGGCUAUUUAGUCUUGAUAUAGAAAUUACGGAGAAGAAUCCUGAAAGCUACCUUUCAGCGGGUGAGAUACCACUGCCAAAACUUUACAUUUCUAUGGCUCUCUUCUUUUUCCUCUCCGGGACUGUGUGGAUACACAUACUUCGUAAACGCAGAAAUGAUGUGUUUAAGAUUCACUGGCUGAUGGCAGCCCUUCCUUUCACCAAAUCUCUAUCCUUAGUAUUUCAUGCGAUCGACUAUCACUACAUUUCUUCUCAGGGAUUUCCUAUUGAAGGCUGGGCUGUUGUCUAUUACAUCACUCACCUCCUGAAAGGUGCUCUUCUCUUCAUUACUAUCGCCCUCAUUGGCACAGGCUGGGCUUUCAUUAAGCACAUCCUCUCAGAUAAAGACAAAAAAAUUUUCAUGAUUGUCAUCCCGCUUCAGGUACUGGCAAACGUGGCAUACAUUAUCAUAGAUUCAACGGAAGAGGGAACGACUGAAUAUGGACUGUGGAAAGAAAUUCUCUUCCUGGUAGAUUUGCUGUGUUGUGGAGCCAUUCUGUUUCCAGUGGUAUGGUCAAUAAGACACUUACAGGAGGCUUCAGCAACAGAUGGAAAAGCAGCUGCCAUUAAUCUAGCAAAGCUGAAGCUUUUCAGGCAUUACUAUGUUAUGAUUGUGUGUUACAUUUACUUCACACGGAUCAUUGCAAUUCUCAUAAAGAUUGCUGUUCCAUUCCAGUGGAAAUGGCUGUACCAGUUGCUAGAUGAAAUGGCCACUCUUGUCUUCUUUGUCCUCACCGGGUACAAAUUUCGUCCAGCGUCAGACAACCCUUAUCUACAGCUCUCUCAGGAUGACGAGGAUGAUCUGGAUAUGGAAGCUGUGGUGACGACUUCUGGCGUGAUGGAGGGCAUGAAGAAGGUCAAGAAAGUGGUGAAUGGUUCAGCAGAGCUCCGGGGCGAGUGGGAGAGCACAGCGUGAUGGACUGGACUAAGGCAGCACUUUUGGAGAAACUUUUUUUAAUUUAUUAAUAUUACUCGCAGUGGAAGGGGAGCAACUAGCACUUCCCGACACUGAAACUGCGGACUGGGGUAUGUCUAGUGGGGAGCAAAGCAGUGCAAAAAUCUAACUAUUCCUCUGAUCAUAAGAAAAUGGGAUAUCUUGGGACCCGCAGGAGUGUGAAGCUUUCCUAGGGAUUUUGGUUAGGUUAUUCUUUAUUUCUCCCCACCCUUUCUGGAUCAGUUAUUCUAAAUUGUUUGCAAUUGCAUUCUUCAGAAUGUAUUAUACUAAUGUGAAGAGAGACCUUUAGUGUGUAAGUAAAGUAUAUAUUUUAUAUAAUGCAUAUAUACACACACAUGCUAUGUAACAUAUAUGCUGGGAAUUACAAAGUGUCACAGAAGAUAGGAAAACGAGAUGUAAGUAUUUCUUUUUUAUGAACUUUCCUUCAGACGUGGACAAAAUAUUGAAAAAGACAAAUUAAUAGAAACAACUGCAGAGAGACUAAAUGGGGCUUUGGAUCAGAGGACUCUUGCCACUUGUGUGAUGAGUGGGGAAGUUAGGAGGGACUUGUCUAACCUGUGCAGAUACCCACCUGAACAUGCCAGGUUUUCAACUGGGUUGCUAUACAGGAAGCAAGCAGCUGUUCUCCCUUAAAAGUACUAGCCUGUAGUGCAAUAAAUAUUAGUGUAAAUUCUCCACUAAUGGAGUUGCUCUUUAUUCACACCCCCCUGACAAGAAGCACACAAGGGGGUGUAAGAUCGAUGCUUGCUUUUUAGGGGCCUGCCUUGCUACCUUAGACACUGAAAUUCAAACUGUGACUCAGCACUUUGAUCUGCAUUAUGAAAUAUUUUCAAGGUAUUUCAGAAAGCACACUCCUUUCUGGCACUGUGUUAGCAGUGCCAGAAUCUUCACAGGAAAAUUCUGUCUUGCAAACCUCCUGCAGCAUAAAUCUUGGUUCACCUUCAUCUCUGCCUCUCUGAAUGGUCACUUGUACCUUUCUGGCUGUGUAAGAUUAGUGAUAUUGCUGUCUGAGAUGAGCUCAAUUGGUCAAAAAGGAAUUGCUGUCAAAACCAUGAGACUGCAAGUCCCAGUCGUAAAUGGUUCUGUCGGAGGGAAAGAGGGUUAUGACUGGAGUGCUGUCAAUAUCCAGUAAUAUGAGAGUCUUAAUGAUUACCUGCAAAUUUGUGGUGGAGUCUUGAGACGUAUUGCAAAUGCCAUGUGCAUUUUACUUCUAGUGCUCUGGUUUUGCUACUAAGGCAAACUGGUGCCUCUAGCUAUAGCAGUUAGGCAUAGCAAGUUAUUAAUUUGGGGAGGAACAGGCCUGGAGUUGUUCCCUGAUGUAACAAAGGAUAAGCUUUAAGGAAAAAGAAAAAUCAAGUCCGACUCUGACCCUCUGAAGCCUUAAUCUUCAUGUGGAAACAUUAGACAUAGAUGGUGCUGUCAAGCAAAGUGCUUCUGUCAGGGUGACAGGAUUAGACAGCAUCAGAUAGCUCCCAGCUGUGCCAUCAUCUCUUACUAACUGGUUAGGUUUUGCUCCCUUUUUGUCUGAAGGGACUAGAUCUGAGUAACUCAUUAGAGGAUUCCAUGUUGUUUAAUAAGUUUAGAAGAAGGUUUCUCUCUUUGGAAGGCUGAACCACUUAGUCUUGAGCAGGGAUUGUAAAGCUCUAAAGUGAGCAGUCUCUACUUGUUCAAGACCUGCUCUUUGCUGUUUCGCGCUGUCACUUCUCUUCCCUGAUUCCCCUGAUCGUGGAAGUGGUAGAAGUGAAACUACUUGCUUAGGUAUCUGAAAUUGGUCCCUGUUCAGGAGAGGGGGAAAAACAAAGCAAAAUUGCAUGAGAACAGUCCUCUCAAUACAAAGUCCUCUUCUGUAUUUUCCUUUUCAGCUGUAAUGGCAUAACAGUCAGAGCAGUGCUGGUUUGACUUUGGUGUCCUUGUCUUGCAAAGACGCAGCUUUAGUGGAAAUGGAGUGCCUGUGCUACUAGAAAGGCUGUUGGGGGAUUUAUGAGGCUUUUAGACCUUCUCUAUGAAGGAUUCUUCCGCAUAUUAAAUAGUAGAGAUGUGGGGAGCUGGAGUAUAAACAUGUAGGCAGUCCCAACUCAUCAUAUAAGACCUCACUUCAAAAUAAGACCUGAAAAGCUGAUCCUUACUGAUCCUUAUGCAGUUACUCUGUCUCAUAGAAAAUGUCAUUACCUCCACCAAAAGGGCUUCUCGUAUGGACUCGAAACUCUGUUCAGAGUAGUCCAUGAGAGACUUGAAAUCUGUUAGUAGUCAAGUAGGCAAGGCAAGGAUUUUCUGUCAGGAACAGAAGUGCAAUAACACAUUCUUAAUCUAGAUGAGAUGCUGUCAUAGAAACUGUUAAUCCAUUUUAGGAAUGAGGUGUGAAACUCUAAUGGGUGCAGCUCUUCACCCCGAACAUCAGUGGCUCUGCUGGGAUCCCGGCGUGUGCCACGAGCUGGUUCCAAACAGCUGGCUAUUCCAUACCUCAGCAUCAGUGAAGCUGCUGAGGCGGCCAGUGCUUUGUACCUUA